AUGGUAGAGGCCCACAAAUUUAAGGCUGUUGUAUUCGAUAUCGGAGGAGUGGUCGUGCGGAGCCCCUUCCUUGCUAUUGCAAGGUACGAGCGGGAGCAUCGGAUACCUGAAAACUACCUCAACUGCUCAAUCGUUGCUCGGGGAUCAGAAGGUGCAUGGCAGAAGUUCGAGCGCGGGGAACUCGAAUUGUUUCCUUUCUACAAAGCUUUCAGCCAAAAUCUUUCAGACACGGUGAAUGGAAACAGAUGGUAUCGAGACUUUUGCAAACGCAAGGGCAUUCAAUGUCCUGAAUUACCGGAGGCCCUCCACGUUGACGGCCGUGAAGUGAGUCUACUCCAGAGUCUGUUGGUGCCAUUUAAUGAGGGCCGCAUGAAGCUGUUUGGGAUGAUGAUGCGUGAGUCGUCACAGUAUGAUCCACAUAUCUUGGAGGCAAUCCGUCGCAUUCGAGCCGCGGACAAGCACAAAAUCAUAGCUCUCACUAACAACUUUUCACGGAAUGAUACUGCUAUCCCUUCUUCGGAGUUGGACUUUUUAGGUUGGCAAGAUGGUGCGACUCCAAAUAAGCUGAAGGCAUUGUUCGAUGAUUUCUGCGACAGUAGCACUUUAGGCACGCGGAAGCCUGAACCUCGUUUUUACCUGCUUGCAUGUGAACGGAACGGAAUCAAACCUAGCGAAGCAGUGUUCUUAGAUGACAUCGGGCUAAACCUUAAAGCGGCGAGAGAUUUGGGGAUGGAGACAAUUCAUGUUCCUAUUGGAGGUACACUUACUGCAGUGAAAGUGCUUGGGCAAAAGCUCGGUCUCGAUCUCACAGCGGGGCCACCGAAAUUGUAG